CGCGCAAAUCAUUUUGGAGAGGGCGUGGCCACAUGUUGUCAUGUGACCCAACACGGAAGACCACUCUGCAACUGUACGAAGUAAAGGAUAUUGAAGGUCUCGACAAACAACUUUAUUAAUUCGUUUAACUCAAAUAAUACACUUAUCAUCUGCAACAUUAGCUUUGCAUAUCUGUAAUUUGUGCGUUUUGAAUGUUCUUGAAAACCUGCCAUCUCAUAUCUGUCAACAACGUUUUUACAAGCGUGUUCGGUGCUGCUGUGAUUUGAGCAGAGAUUCGGAGGCACAAACUAGAAAAGCUCGUUUCAGUCCUAUUGAUUCGUCGUUGUUUGAGUUGAGUUGGCGAAGGACAUCGUAGCAGUCCCUUGUCGCUGCCCCGGUUGGAUGCCAGAGGACUGUGCCCUCAUAGAGAGACGGCAGUUUGCAAUGCCAGUUCCCGUUAUGGCAGAGUCGGUGGACCACCAGAAACGCUUCCAGGCCGCUGUCGACGUCAUUCAAAACCUUCCCAAAAGUGGUGCCUACCGGCCCCCCUAUGAAGUGAUGCUGCGGUUCUACUGCCUGUACAAGCAGGCGGUGUGUGGACCCUGCACAGUGUCUCGACCAGGCUUCUGGGACCCAGUAGGUCGCUAUAAAUGGGAUGCCUGGAGCCGAUUAGGGGAGAUGAGCAGUGAGAGUGCCAUGGCGGCGUACGUGGAUGAGAUGAAGAAAGUGGCACAGGAGGUGAUUGACACAAUGCCCAUCAAUGAGAAGACUGCAUCACUGUUCCACCACUUUGAGCCCCUUUACGUGGUCAUCCACGACAUGCCCCGGCCACCAGACAAGCUGCUGCAUCUGAGAGAAGACUUUAAGGGCAUUGACAAGGCAGCCAGUCCAAUGGAGGUUGAACAAGGGAGGGAGACCCAAGACGAACGUGUCCCAGAUAAGGACCCUGCACUAGAUGAAGAGCCUGCCCUGGAGCAGGUGCCUGUCCCAGGAGAAGAACCCGUCAAAGAGGAGGUACCUACUCUGGGAGAGGUGGCCCUCGCAGAGAAGGUGCCUGUCCCAGAAGAGGUGCCCAGUCAGACACAACAACAACCAGUCACCUUCACCAGUGAACCUCAGGGGCCAAAUGUACAAGGCUUCCUCUUUCCAGAGCCUGUUCCUGAGCUUGGUCUGUCUGAGGCCAUGGGGUCGUCUGAGGUGUUGUUGUUGACCAGCGACUCAGAGAGUGAGAUCUUCGUUGACUCUGUGGAUUCUGUGGAAAAGCUGGACAAUAUCAAGGUUGUCCCCAAGUCAAACGGCCUCCAUAACGGCCAUGCUUACUCAGAGCCCUCCUCAGUCCAAGCCAAUCACACAGAGACGGUCUGCCAGGCAACGCAGGUGGGGGCAGGGCAAGGUGGAGAGGGGGCGGGGGAUGGAGGGGGACCGCCCAUGAGGAGGAGUCGGGAUGCAGGAAGAGACGGGAUGAGGGACCACGGAUGGAGAGAACGUGGUGUUCCCCAGGGCAGCCCCAGGCGGGCGGGGAGAGAGGCCCUGGGGGCAGGGGGAGGGGCUGGCCGAGGGGGAGGAGACGGCUCAGAGGGAGGGGAUGAGAGGCUGCAGGACAUCCAGGUGCAGCAGCAGAUCCUGCUGGCCCUACGGAGGCUCAGGGAGGACAUGCAGAGCGUCAUGGAGAGACUGGAGGCAGUGGAGAGACUAGCCGCAGCACAGGCCCAGAAUUCAGACUGGAGACCAUGUCUUCAGUGUGCUGCCUCAGCUGCCCAAUCAGAGGAGGAGAGUUGGUGGCCGUUCCCUGAAGUAUCAGGACGGACGAUGCUGCUUCUGCUGCUGUGGCCCCUGGUGGCUCAGGGCAUAGUCUUUCUACUGCGGAAGGGCCAAAAGAAGGCCCGUAUCUCUACUUGAAGCCAACGGACCACAAAGUAGUCCCAUAUCCCCCCCUUAGGAAUCCAUUGGAGGAAGAAGUAUUUCUUUUUUAUUUCAAUAGGACUCUAUGGGACAACAGAGGUCGUUAGCAGAUCUGUUUUUGGUGUCUUGCAAACUCCUAUGGUCAUUGGUGUGACAAUGACCAUAGGAGACAGCACAAACAUAUAUGGGACAAUGGAGGUUGUGUAUUUCCACAUGAAUCCACUGGAAGAAGUUGUCAGUCCUAUAGGACAUUAUUGGAGGAGAAAGUCUCUCACUCUCUUCAGUACUGUUAUGUACAUUGCUCAAGUAUUGGGAGAAACAUGAACAUGUUUAAAUGAAAAAUGUAUCACAUGCUGUGCUGUUCUUUUAACCUUCAGGUUGAAGGACCUGGUCCCGUAUUCACAAAGAGUACUGACAUAAGAUCAGUUUGCCUUUUAGAUCAUAGUGGAAGGAGGUCAUCAUAAUGAUUUGAGAUCAGACGCUGCUAUUCUUGAGACGCUUUUUGAAUACGGGACCCUGAUCCACUUGUGUUCCUUGUCCCCUCAAUAACACUAAUAAAUCAUGAUUUAAUUUAUAGCUAUUUCAUCUUAAAUCACAGAAUUGUUUCCAAAUAAAUAAUUGGGAUGAAUAAGCACUUUUCCCAGAUUAUAUUUGAUCCAAUGAUUUCAGUGGGACACAGAAUUGGAAAUGAGUGCACUGGCAAUUGCUCCAGAAUACACACAAGAGAUAGACAAUGUUCAGUUGAUAUGUAAGGAGAAAUUAUUCUACUUAGUCACCAAUGGUUGAAAGAUAAUAAUUUUUCGAGCUAUUGUUAUAUGAACAGCCUUGGUUGUGUGAAUGAUUUCAAAUAAAUAUGGUCGGAAAAUGUGAA